AUGGCUUUUACGGCUCUGUUCACCCUGCCCCUACUUUUCCUGGCUGCGUUCCAAUGUAUUCCAGUCCGCGCUAUCUGGAAUCUUCAAGAGCAAGAAACCGCGAAAUGCAUCGACUAUAUUGCCGUCUUGAGACUGACGGUUGUAUACGAGAUCAUCGCUGAGACUAUCCUAUUCAGUCUUCCUAUCCCGAUUGUAUGGAAGCUGCAGAUGAAGACUGCAAAGAAGAUACAGCUACUCAUCUUCUUUAGCCUUGGUAUCUGUGUUAUUAUCAUGUCCAUCGUACGCUUGCCAUUUUUACCAGGGGUUGUCGACACUAUCGACCCAACCUACACAGUGACUGGCACAUCGAUUACUGGAUUCACCUCCAGUGGAGUUGCACAUAUAUGCGCUGCCGUCCCCACAAUCAGAAACCUGAUACGAUACUGCCAGAACGGGUUCAAGAUGCCUACGAAUAUUCCUUCAAGCUACACCACAGACCGCAGCACUUACAACUCUACGAGCAAACGAAGCUACAAGUCAUUGCAGGACAAAAGUAAUGCCUCUAAUACAGCACAACCGCGAGGCAAAGCCUCAUCUCGCGAUACAAAGGAUCCAUAUCGCCUAUCCGCAAUCGUGGAUGCCGAGAUUGAUGGCACAGUCGUAGAGCUAUGUGCGAUAAACUCGCCAACUCACCCGAACGCAUUGAAUGAUGGGGAACAGGAUGGACAAGAAGGGGAGAUUCGAUGGACUCAGCGCGUGGAAGAACAAUUUCCUACUAUUGUUGGCGAAUCUCCGUCGCCGGGGUUGGACGACUCAGCGUCUCAAAAGUCCAUACUUCGUCAACACCCCUAUUCAUGA